UUCAAUUUCUAGGAGCCUUUACAUGACCUACGAAAAGGAAAUUAAUCACACAGGUGUAGAUGGCUACCGCUACGUGGUGGACCCCGUGCAAUUAGGCAACGUGUCUUCCAUGCCGGAAAAUUACUGCUACUGUCCUUCGAAUGGUGCGUGCCUCAAGGAGGGCGUCCUGGAUCUGACAUCUUGUUACAAAGCACCUGUGAUUUUUUCCAUGCCUCACCUCUAUGGGGCUCCGCAAUAUGAACAAAUGGUCGAAAAUCUUAAACCUAACAAGGAAGAACAUCAGAUGUUUUUGGAUAUCGAAACGAAAUUUGGCGUUCCCCUUCGCUCCAGUCGGAGGGCGCAAUUUAACCUGAUGAUCAAGCCGAUCCGAUCACCCAGUAACACCAAAAAUCUGCCAGAGGUGGUUUUGCCCUUGUUCUGGGUGGACGAAUACUUUGAACUGGAUGAGGAGAGAACUGAUAGUUUGAAGGAUUUAGUGCUCAGCAAGCUCAGCAUUGUGGACACCAUCCGCUGGACAUUGCUUGGGGUAGGAUGCGUCCUCUUUUUGGUUGAGGCCGCUCUCCACUGCCACAAGUGAGAAUUAAUUCAAUUU